AUGGCAGAAGCCAAAAUGGAUCUUCGAAUGUGGACUUUUAAUCAAUAUGGUGAUCAAGAGCUAGCAGCUGAAGAUAGUGAUCCAGUCUCCGCAGUUCUAGGCUUGCAGUGGGACCGACGAGAUGACAGCCUUACAAUAUCCGUCAAAAGAGAAAUCGUCCAAAGAGAAAUCGUUAAAAGAGACUUAUCAAAAAGGAGACUAUUGUCUCUAAUCCAUGCUGUUUUUGACCCGCUAGGUUUCUUUGUGCCCGUCAUAUUACCUGCGAAAUUAAUUCUUCAAGAGGCUUGGGCAACAAAAUCGACCUGGGAUAAGCCAUUACCAGAUGAACUUCAAACAAGAUUUGAGAGAUGGUACGAAAGGUUGCCUAGUCUUUCCAGCCUUAAAUUACCUCGUCGCAUGGGUCAUGGAAUUAAGGAUUCAUGGACUCUACACGUCUUUUGCGAUGCCAGUCAAGCCGCUUAUGCAACUGUCAUUUACUUACGAAGUAAGGAAGAAGACAAAGUUUUCGUGAAAUUCGUCAUAGCAAAAUCACGCGUAUCGCCCUUAAAGAAAAUAACUAUUCCGCGUUUGGAGUUGCUAGCCUGUGUUCUAGGUGCACGCUUGGCAAGGUAUACUGUUGAAACCCUGUGCUUAGUCGAUGUCCCGAUAUAUUACUGGACAGACGCUACUGUGGCUCUUAGCUGGAUACAACGAGAGGAAAACUGGGGAGUAUUUGUGAAUAAUAGA